AUGACUGUCAAUGCUCCUGCUCCACCCUCAUUCGUCAACAGGUCCACAAACAGCUUGCCACAGCAUGACACUGUCUCUGAGCUCCAACCUCCGCCCACCGCCCACGUCUCAGCUCGCAGAGGCAGCUACAUCUGUCUGCCAGACGACCCGAUCGGAGGUAUGCCACGCAGCAGGACGUUUAGCAACCUACCACUGCCCACAAGAGGCAAGAAAGCACAUCCCAUCGCCGCUUCAAAAUCUCAUGCUCGGCUUCCAUCCGCCGCGCUCCCGUCGUCUCGACUGCCAUCGCCACAAAUGUCGAACCGGAAGCAUUCCCAUAGCCGAUUGUUCUCGGUGGACGCAAAGCCUCCCGCAGUAAGAAAUCGUAUGAAGCGGUCCGAUACGGAGCCACUGUUGGGUGUGAAUGAUCAUCAGUCCAGCCUCCUGCCUCGCUCAACAGCGUUCAAGGAGAACAUCUCACUGAGUCCGAUCAAGCCGCUUCCAGCACUGGACAUCUCGAGCUACCGGCAAAGAUACCCAUCCCCUGUGCCACGACUGCCAUACAGUGGACGACCCAGAGAGAUCAGCGUCAAUCAUCAGCAGCCAUCAGUAUCAACCAAUGCUUCUUCGUCACCACCUAUGCCGCACGACUCGGGCUCGCUCAAACUCGCUCCGGCUCAUGAGCACAAGAGCAGCCCAAUUCACUCCAACAUUAGCGAUCGCAGAAUAGCGCCGCUUGCACCAGUCCAGCGCUACAAUUCCCAGCCUGUCCUCACAUCAAACAACAACAUCACCAGCCGCCGCGACUCCCAGCACGGUGAGAUCAAGCAGACCCGACUCAUGUCUGCACGCCCGCCACCGACGCCGCCACUUGCGAAAGCUCCACUUCGCUCCUCCCAGUCUCGCAAUCUCACAGGCAUCAGUGCUCCUGGCAAGUCGUCCGGGCAGUCAUCAAAACUCGAGCAGCCCUCCUUUCUCUCCCGCUCGACAGGCCGCAGAGCCAAGGCAGUGCCGCCGUCCCCAGCCAAGCCCAGCAAAAGCUCCUUGCAGAUCCGCAAUGCGGAACCACCAGCCUACUGGUCCGGCCGGCUUUCCUCCCUCCUCGACCGCUACCGCAACGAAGAACUCGCUGGCUACACCACCCAAGGACCGAUGUCAACCCCAAAGGCCCAGACGGACAAGAUGCACACCCCCGAAGCCUCCACAGCGCGCAUCCAUCGUGCUUUCGACCACUUGAGCUCGCUGUGCGUGAGUCAGGAGGCAAAAGAGAGUCUGGCCAGGUUCCAAUGCCAGUAUGCUGAAGUGAUGAAGCUGCCGGAGUUGAGGAAGGUGGUGCCGAUUGUGCUUGGUAGCUCCAGCAGUCUGGGCAGAGAGACGGAGGUGGUGGAUGAGGAAGCGGCGUUGGGCAUGGGGGAGAUGCGGAAGAUUAGCUUCAUGGAUCGGUUGCUUGGGAGGCAGAAGCGGAGGAGUUUGGUGAUGGUUUAG